AUUAUAAUUAAAGUUAUUUACUGUUAUAAGUUAUUGACGUUAUUAAAUAUAAACUAUUAAUCUAAACUACUGGUAUCUAUCUUCUUUUAGUGAAGAUUUAAAAUGAACAAGAGCAAAAAGUUUUUUUCAAAGAAAAAAGGCGGUGUUAAACCAAAUAACAAAAAGAAGCAAAAGGUAACAGAGGACAGAGUAGUUAAUAAGAAGGCUCUGUUUAACAGAUAUAAAAAUGCUCAAAAGAUCGAGGAAGAGCUCGAGAAAAAGAGAAAAAUGGAGGAGAAAUUACAAAAACAACAAAUGACCUAUUCAGAAAGCGAAGAGGAGGAAGAUGCUUACAACCAAUUGGUAUCGUGUUUUAGUAACAAGAAGAAGCAGCCUACAGCCGGGAGUGAAGAGAGUAGCAGUGACAGCGAAGUUGAUGAUGAAGAUGUUAUGGGUGAUGAUGAGCAUGGUGGCGAGGAUGCUGAUCCCAUGGACAGUGCCAGUGAGGAAGAUAGUGAAGAUGACGACGAAUUUGUUAAGGUGCCAUCAGACCAUGAAAUGGAAGAUGAUGAUGAUUUAUCUGCGGACAUAUUUACAACACACCUUCAACAUGACUUAUCUGAUGAACUACUUGUAUCCCUAACAAACACCCCACCUAAUGUAGAGACUACUCAUAAGAUAUGGCCUGUCCUAGGAAAUCUCAAUAUAGUCAUACCCAAACCUAUAGAAACACUCUCAAAGACGGUUAAAACAAAAGUUUCUAUAUUAGAAGAAAAGACAUAUGCCUCACCAGGAAUGGCACCAACACUUUUCAGCAAAGUUGACUUUAAACAGUUAAAUAUUAAGUCUCAAAUACAUGGCAACAUUGUGUCUGCCAACAAGACAAACUUAGUGAAAAGAGACUUGGAAUUGACUGAAGUAUUCACACCUUUACAGAAGGAACUGUUUUCAGUUAUAAACAACUAUCAAGAUUUAUACUACCCUUACAGGACAUUUACCAAUGCUGAUGAAAUUCGGUACAUAUACUGUCUUCAUGCAGUAAAUCACAUGCUUAAAACAAGGACUAAGAUUAUUCAUCACAAUGCUAAAUUGUCGAAAAAGAAUGAUCCCUCAGAUGACUACAGAGAUCAGGGAUUAGUCAGGCCAAAGGUUUUAAUAAUGGUGCCCUUUAAAGAUGCUGCCUAUAGAGUUGUAAAAACUUUAAUAGAUAUUUUGGUUCCCAAAGAGGCUGGAGAAGUAGUGCAUAAGAAGAGAUUUGAGGAAGACUUCACUGGUGGAGAAUUGAUUAUGCCUCGAAAGAACCCCAAACCUGAAGACUAUGAACUUAUGUUUAGUGGCAACACUGAAGAUACUUUUAGACUGGGGAUGACAGUUACAAAAAAGACUUUGAAGCUCUACACAGAAUUCUAUUCAUCUGACAUCAUAGUGACGUCGCCUCUAGGGCUUCGCAUGAUUGUAGGUGCGGAGGGAGAAGAGGACCGCGACUACGACUUCCUGGCCUCCAUAGAGCUUCUAGUGAUGGAUCAGACCGAUGUCUUCCUCAUGCAGAACUGGGACCACUUGCUACAUGUUCUUGACCAUUUUCAUUUACAACCCAAAAAGACUCAUGGCACUGACUUUUCUAGAGUAAGGUCUUGGGCAGUUAAUGGAUGGGCCAAGUAUUAUAGACAAACCCUUCUCUUUUCAUCAGUAGCUUUACCAGAGAUUAAGUCGGUGAUAAACAAGAAAUGUUACAAUUAUGCAGGAAAGGUAUUAGUUGAAAAUCCUGUAGAAAUUGGGAGUAUACAACAAGUGUUGGUACAAGUUCCUCAGAUCUUUCACAGGUUUACAGCAGCUAAUCCCCUUGAGUCCGUGGAGGCGCGGUUCCAAUACUUCAUCAAAGAGAUAUUACCGAAACAGCGCGACACACUGAUGAGCCACACCCUCAUAUAUGUACCGAGCUACUUCGACUACGUGCAGUUGAGAAAUUACUUCAAAAAAGAAGACAUAGGUUUCGUGCAAAUAUGUGAAUACUCAAAGGACGCUAAAAUAGCUCGAGCAAGGGACAUGUUCUUCCACACAGAAGCUCACUUCAUGCUGUACUCUGAGCGAGUACAUUUCUUCAGGAGGUUCAGAAUAAAAGGCAUACGACACAUUAUUUUCUACCAGCCUCCUACCUACCCACAAUUCUUUUCGGAAAUGUGUAAUUUGAUGCAGGAGGUGAACCAGAACAAGUUCGGUGGCAGCGAGUGCAACAUGACGGCGACGGUGUUGUUCUGCCAGUACGACCUGCCGCGCGUGGUCGCGCUGCUGGGCAACGCGCGGGCCGCACACGUCGCGCGCUCUGACAAGCACGUGCACAUGUAUGUCACUGGCGAUAAUAAAUAAAGUGAUUGUAAAUAAAAGAAUAUAUCAUU